UGAGGUGUCAUGGCUGCCCCCAUGAACUGCCGGUUGCCUGGAGUGAUGAGCGGGAUGCUGUGUGGCAGCCGACAUGGGUUGAGGUGGCGAGGGCUGCCGUGGUGGCGGCUUUACCGAGGGUUCAAUCAGAAUGCUCCGAGCAGCACCGUGACUGUGGACAUGGAAUCCCGAAAGUUAGAAAUUUCUUCUGGAAAGCUUGCUCGGUUUGCUGAUGGAUGCGCCAUUGUGAAGCUAGGUGAGACGUCUGUAAUGGUAACCGCUGUUAGCAAGACAAAGCCUUCUCCAUCUCAGUUCAUGCCACUAGUGGUUGAUUAUCGUCAAAAAUCUGCUGCUGCCGGAAGAAUACCAACAAACCAUUUAAGAAGAGAACUUGGUUCAAGUCAUAGUGAAAUAUUAACUAGUCGAAUCAUAGAUCGAUCUAUUAGACCACUGUUUCCUGCUGGAUAUUUUUAUGACACACAGAUCCUGUGCAAUUUAUUAGCCGUGGAUAGUAUAAAUGAACCGGAUAUCUUGGCCAUUAAUGGAGCUUCUGCAGCACUUGCUAUGUCAGACAUACCAUGGAAUGGUCCUGUUGGUGCUGUGAGAGUGGGUUUAGUUGAUGGCGAGUUUAUCAUUAAUCCUACUCGAAAAGAAAUGUCUACAAGCUCACUAAACCUUGUAAUCACGGGACGUGCCAAGAGUGAGAUAGUUAUGAUAGAGGCUGCAGCUGAGAAUGUGUUACAACAGGAGUUUUGCCAUGCUGUGAAACUGGGGGUGAAGCAUUCCCAACAGAUAGUUCAAGGUAUUCAACAGUUGGUAAAACAGUGUGGGAAAGAGAAGCGAACAAUACAGAAGGCAUUCCUUGCUCCAUCUGAAAUUGUUGAAUGUGCAAAACAGCAUGCAACUGAAAAGAUAUAUGCAGUAUUUUCAGAUUUUACACAUGACAAAAUUUCUAGAGAUGAAGCUAUAAACAAGAUCAGGCUUGAAACAGAGGAAAUACUUCGAGAAAGAUUUCCAAGUGCAGACCCAUAUGAAAUAAUGGAGUCCUUUGGUGUUGUUUCAAAGGAAGUUUUUAGGAAUAUUGUUUUGAAUGAAUAUAGAAGAUGUGAUGGUAGAGAUUUGACAUCUCUACGAAACAUAAACUGUGAAGUUGAUCUUUUUAAACCCCUUCAUGGAUCUGCCCUUUUCCAGAGAGGCCAAACACAGGUUUUAUCAACUGUAGCAUUUGACUCUAUUGAAUCCAGUAUGAAAUUCGAUCACAUUGCAUCAGCAUUAAGUGGUCUAAAAGAUAAAAAUUUCAUGUUACAUUAUGAGUUUCCUCCGUAUGCGACAAAUGAAAUUGGUAAAGUCACUGGCAUUAACAGGCGUGAAAUGGGUCAUGGUGCUCUGGCAGAAAAGGCAUUAAGACCAGUAGUUCCAAAAGACUUUCCCUUCACUAUCAGAGUAUCUUCGGAAGUAUUAGAAUCCAAUGGUUCUUCGUCCAUGGCUUCUGCGUGUAGUGGCAGUUUGGCAUUAAUGGAUGCAGGAGUUCCAAUUUCUGCUGCUGUUGCUGGAGUCGCAAUUGGACUUAUUACAAAGUACAACCCUGAAAAGGAAGGUGACAUUGAAGACUACCGUUUACUCACAGAUAUUUUGGGUAUUGAAGACUACAAUGGUGAUAUGGAUUUUAAGAUGGCAGGUACAAGCAAAGGAAUAACUGCUUUGCAGGCAGAUAUCAAAAUACCUGGACUACCAGUUAAAAUUGUCAUGGAAGCAAUCCAACAAGCAAGUGUGGCAAAGAAAGAGAUUCUUCAGAUCAUGAAUAAAGUAAUUCCCAAAUCACGAGCAAAUAGAAAAGAAAACAGUCCUGUUGUAGAAAACAUUCAAGUUCCCCUGUCAAGAAGAAUGAGAUUUCUUGGACCCGGUGGUUAUAAUUUAAAGAAACUACAAGCUGAGACGGGGGUCACUGUGAGUCAAGUAGAUGAAGAAACCUUUUCUGUGUUUGCUCCAACACCCAGCGCAAUGCAUGAAGCAAGAGAGUUCAUUAAUGAAAUUUGCAAAGAUGAUCAAGAUUUGCAGUUGGAAUUUGGAUCCAUAUAUACUGCCACAAUAACCGAAAUCAGGGAUAUGGGUGUGAUGGUUAAACUGUAUCAGAAUAUGACUCCAGUGCUUCUCCAUAAUUCCCAGCUUGAUAAUCGAAAGAUAAAACAUCCAAGUGCUCUUGGAUUUGAAGUUGGGCAGCAGAUCCAGGUAAAAUACUUUGGGCGUGAUCCAACAGAUGGCAGAAUGAGGCUUUCCCGAAAAGUACUCCAAUCACCAGCAGCUACUGUGAUUAAAACUCUAAAUGACAAGCAGAGUAUUACCAUAGGAGGGUCAGAGUCUUCAUCUUAAGCUGCAGAAAAUUUUGACCACAUAUUUUUCACGUUAUUGUACAUUUUGUAGAUAUCUGUUUUAAUUAUUUGGAUAAAAAUGGAUUUCAUACAACCAGUUUGUUGGACUCUUUAAUUCAAGCAUUUAAUUUUGAGACGGAGAUUUAAUAAAAUUUUUGGCACUGUGUGUUUUAAAUUGGAGACCAUAUUCAAAUUAUUUUCUAUAGUUUUAGGUAAU